UACAACACAACUAUUUCUUGUUACUGAAAAAAAUGGUGGAUUUAUCAGAAGAUGCAUUAAUCAUGGAAGAAAGAGAAGAGCUCAUGGUUUCACCCAUUGAUGAAAAACAAGUAAUACCCAUUUUUAGAGUUGCCCAUUUUCUGAAACCAACACUACCCUCUGCUGAAAAGUUCCCAUUUCACCCUUCAAUACCCAAUAUUCAAGAACUGAGAAGGAGUACUUCACUAAAGGUUCAGUUCAGGGGUGGUGUUUCAAUUUCACACUUGAAGGAAUGGGCUACUUGGGUCAAUAAGUUAAAACCUUUAUAUCAAGAAAUAUGGAAGAAAGCUGGAAUCUUUGAAGCUAUUAUAGCUUCCACGUUCAAGAUUUGUAUGCACAAUGAUUUGAUCAUUGCUCUUGCUGAAAGAUGGUGUUUGGAAACAAACACAUUCAUUUUACCAUGGGGAGAAGCAACUGUUACUUUGGAGGAUAUGGUAGUUUUGGGUGGUUACUCUGUUUGGGGCCAUUGUGUCUUGAAACCUGUUAAAACUAAAGAUUCUUUUGAAGUUGAAAAAACUCUUUGCGAGGCUCAUAAAAUUAUUAAAACAAGUAAAAGGAAUGUUAAUCACCAUGCCUGGAUGGAGUAUUUUGAAGGAAGAGGUGAUCAUUUGGAGCAUGUUGCAUUUAUCACCCAUUGGUUGUCCAAGUAUGUUAUCCCUUCUAAAAGUUACCUUAUUGUGGAGAAAGCUCUUUUUCCUAUUGCUAUUUAUCUUUCUCAAGGAAUUCCAAUGGCACUUGCCCCCGCUGUUCUUGCCAGCAUUUAUAGAGAUUUGAACUUGCUUAAACAGUUGAUUUUAUCUUCGUCUAAGCAUCCUGAACAGAGUAGUUCUAGGUGUGUAGAAGAUGAGUCAGAUCUUAUCCUUAGAGCUCCUCUUCAUUUUGUUCAGUUAUGGGCUUGGGAGAGAUUUCCCAAUUUGCUGCUUAAGCCUAGUGUCAUCUACUCUGGGGAGCCAAGAGUAGUUAGAUGGCAUAAGGUGAAAAAACUAAAUUGUGUGGAUCCUAGGAGAGCAGUAGAUUCUGCAGCAGAAUUGUUUCUGUGGCGUCCUUAUGUUAUUGAUACUGUGAAGAAUUGGGACAUCAACAAAUUUUACAAGGAAAGGGAGGAAUAUGUGGUGGUUGGACCAAAGUUGGGAAGGGAAAUCUUAAUUUUUGCUCGAUUUGUUCGAGCUUCUAAACUAGUUGGAGUGGAUUGUGUAGAACAGUACAACCCACAUAGAGUAUCAAUGCAAUUUGGAUUUGAUCAAGAUGUGCCAGCUUGUGUGAAUCAUGCUACUGAUAACCCAAAAAUUGCUUGGAGCAAUUAUAGUAGACCAAUUAAAGAUGCCAAACUCUAUGUACCUUCUAGGCUCUUCGAGUCAGAUGUUACCCAACGAUACUUGGAGUGGUGGAAGAACCAAAAUUUUGCACUUGAAGAUGCAGUUAAGCAUGUAACCAAAAGACAACGGUCUAGAACUCACCAAAGGAUACCAAGACUGUCGUGGGAAAGCUAUAAAAUGAGGAAUGCCUCUGUAUGUUGUGAAUUUGCACAGAAAUCUGAUGAGGUUAGAACAGAUGACAAUAUUCAGGAUUGUGAAAUGAGAACUGUAGAAUCAUCAGAUGAUGAUGACAAUUUACCGAUUGCAGAAUGUUUAAGCAAAAGGAGGCUCUUGAAGAAAGAAAUUACUGUACCUGGCAAUCAAGAACCCCUACCUAGCAUCCAAAGCCAAUCUUCUUCAGCUUCUAAUGAUGGAACUGCCAGAGAAAGGGAGACUCUAAUGGAGCCAGAACCAUUAAGCAAAAAAGGUGGCUGUAAGCUCAACUUGUCUCACAGUUUAGAACUUGCAAGUGAGGUACCAAAUGUAAAUAGGAGCUGUGGCAAAUAUGCAGAAUUUUCGAGUACUAGUCCUGCUAAAAUGAGUUUGCAGAUGAGCAAUGAUUCAGUGGAAGCACCUAAGGUAACUACAAAUGGUAUAAAUACGACUGAAGGAAAUAUGCAGAUGGAAAACAUUGACAACAAUGAGAAAGGGAGCACAAGAUAUGAAAUGACUGAUCUUCUGAAACUUGAGAUGAGGAUUAGAAACCUUGAGAACAUCAUGGCUGGAAAGGUUCCAAGAGUCGGGAAGAGGUGAAAAUAAAAUCAAACUAAACUAUAGUGCUGAUGCUUCUCUGAUUUAGUUUUUUGUUUUGUUCAAAAAGUUGUGUAUUCUUCUCUAAUGCCUAGGAAUCAACGAUACUGUGACAGUGCCACUAUAACAUUACUUUUAUUUAGGCCUUCUCUUGUAACUAUAUA